AGUCAGGGAGGGAUGUAGGGGUCACAGACAGAGACAGACAAGGUCUCUGCCAUCCCAGUUUGACUCCCUGUCUCUUCCCGCACCCAAAACCCAGGAAACGCUGCGGACAGCCCUGGCAAUGGGAGCAGACCGGGGGAUCCAUGUGGAGGUGACGGGUCCGGAUUACGAGCGCCUGGGGCCCCUCCAGGUCUCCAAAGUUGUGGCAGCUCUGGCGAAGAAGGAGAAUGUGGACCUCAUUCUGAUGGGCAAGCAGGCAAUCGAUGAUGAUUGUAACCAGACCGGUCAGAUGACAGCCGCUCUUCUUGAUUGGCCACAGGGCACAUUUGCAUCGGAGGUGAAGGUGGAGGAUGGGCAACUGGAGGUGGUGAGGGAGGUGGAUGGGGGACUGGAGACAGUAUCCCUGCGGCUCCCUGCCGUGCUCACCUCAGACCUCCGACUCAACGAGCCGAGAUACGCCACACUGCCCAACAUCAUGAAAGCCAAGAAGAAGAAGAUUGACAGGUUGACUCUGCAGGAACUGGGUGUAGAGGCUGCCGGGAAACUGGAGGCUCUCAGCAUCGAGGAGCCCCCACAGCGAACAGCCGGCGCCAAGGUCGAGUCCGUGGAACAACUCGUCGAGAAGCUCAGAGAGAUCGGCCGGAUAUAAGGAGUCUGACCAAUUAGUUCGGAAACGCACAAACCUCACUGUGGUGACAUGGAUCAUCCCUCUGUGGAACAAUCCCAACGUCCCUACUGCAGUUCCAUUAAUCCUGGAUAAUUGUGAAGUGUGACCUGAGAAAUGUCACGGGAUGAACUUUAAUAAAUAUAAUUUCUACAUGAA